GCGUCUGACUGUUUACCCUCAUUUUCCCCUUGAAAUGGAGUAUUUUACACAGUCAUGAGUUCUCUUUCUCUUCAGAUUGCUGAUUUUAAUCCACAAUUACUAUGUUCAAUACAUUUAAGUAUUUGGAUAAAUGCAUUAUUGGUCUCCAUUAGUGGCACAUUGGGUAGUGCUGUGGUGUCAACUCCAAGACUUGUGAGAUAGAUGAAAUGGUGUUCCCAUGUCAGGUUUCCUUUAUUCUGUUCCUGGGGGAGCAGAAUCCAAAACUCUUUGCAGAUUUCCCUUUUCAAACAGCCAUACUAAACCUGAAAAUUAGCUGAUCAUGGUGUGUUUGAGAAGGGAAAUCUGCAAACUGUGUUCCUCCAGGAACGGGACUGGGGAACCCUGUCAUACACUAUGCAUAGCAUAUACUUUUAUUUUUGAGUCACAAUGAACUUUAUCUGUAACCUCCAAACCCCAGUCAUAUACAGUAUAACGGUCUUCACAGUUAAAUUGGUUUUCAUAGAUAUACAUCUGUGGGGGCCACAAUGGAACAGAGAGCCUAUCUACAGUGGAGUGCUUUGACCCCCUCACUAACGAAUGGAGCUUGAUCACUCCAAUGAGCACUCCCCGUCGCAGCCUUGGAGUCACGGCGUAUAAAGGGAAGAUAUAUGCGGUGGGCGGUAUCAACAGGCCUGAUCACCUGCAGACCAUGGAGGUCUAUGACCCUACCACAAACCGCUGGCAUGCUGUGGCCCCCAUGUCCACACCGCGCAGUGAGUUUGGCAUCGCAGUGGUGGACGACCUCCUAUUUGUGAUGGGCGGCCACGAUGGGUUUGGGGUAACUAACAAGGUGGAGUGCUAUGAUGCGGGGACAGGCAGCUGGUAUCGUGCGCAGGACAUGAGCCGAGCCAGACAGCAUUUCAGCUGCUGCGUAGUGCCUGCGCACCCCCGCAUCAUAGAAUACGCUUCACCUCGUUAGUCCCUAAUGGCCGCCAAGGAGGAGAGAAACCCAUCUGCCCACAACAGCAUGCCCAGUACGUAACCUCAUUUACACCCCCCACCCCGAAUUCUUUCCCUAUAACAUACAUUGAGUUUAUAUAGACACCUCUUUUUU